AUGGGCGUGUUAACGGCGGCGACGACGACGACAGUGCACGACUACCGUCUCACCGGUACAAUCCCAAACCACUUCUCCAUCUCCGAUAAAAAACGCGUCGUCGCGUUCACGACGCCGCCAAAUUACGCCGCAAGACUUCGCAGUCUCCUUGAGCUCAGGGGAUGGAAACCCCUGUGGUGUCCCACCGUCGUAGUGGAACCCACGCCCCGCACCAAGGCUUCCCUCCGACGCCACCUCUCCGCUCAAAACCCUAACUCUGACGACUGCAUUCCGCUGGAUGAUUUCUCCGCCGUCGCUUUCACUUCCCGUACCGGAAUAGCGGCUUUCUCCGAAACCCUAGCCGAACUCGCCGCGCCUCCGCUGGGCCCAAUCGGCGAGCCACUCACGAUCGCCGCCCUCGGCAGAGACGCGGAGCUGCUGAACGAGGGGCUCAUCUCCAGUAUCUGCGAAAACCCCGAGAGAAUCAGAGUCCUGGUCCCUCCGACAGCGACGCCGGCGGCUCUGGCGGAAUCUCUUGGCCCCGGGCGCGGGCGGCGAGUUCUUUGCCCGGUGCCGCGCGUCUUGCAUCUGGAAGAGCCGCCCGUGGUCCCCAAUUUCCUCCGCGACCUCGCGACGAGGGGGUGGAUUCCUGUGAGGGUGGACGCCUACGAGACGAGGUGGGCUGGGCGGAGGUGCGCGGAAAGAGUGGCGGAAGGAGGCGACGACGGGGAGGGUCUGGACGCCGUCGUGUUCACGAGUACGGCGGAGGUGGAGGGACUGCUGAAGAGCUUGAGGGAGCUUGGGCUGGAUUGGCAGACGGUGAGGGGGAGAUUUCCAGGAUUGGUGGCGGCGGCGCACGGACCGGUCACGGCGGCCGGCGCGGAGAAGCUGGGCAUCGGAAUCGAUGUGGUGAGCCCUAGAUUCGAUAGUUUCAGUGGAGUGGUGGAUGCUCUUGCUGUGAGAUGGCAAGGUUUUGAUUCAAAGUAG